GGCUGGCGGUGACGGGUCGGGCGGCAGCGUCGGUGGCGGGUCGCCGGCGGGGUCGGGCGGUCCGAGACGCCGUCCAGAGACCAGAUCAGGUACGGUCGUGACGUCACUGGGUAGCCGCCACCGAGUGGUGAGCGGCCUGCCAUACCACCCGAGAGGCCAGAGGCGGCCUGCAGCGGGCCUCCGCGCCGAGCGAGUGCCGUCAGCGGGCGGCCGACGGUCGACACCGCGCUGGGAGCGGCCUCCCACUGCUCCGGGGACGUCAGAGGCCAGCAGAGGCCCUCUGCGCCGGCCGAGCGUCGCGCCGCGAUGGGAUCCACCGCCGGUACCGGCUCCGGUCAGGACGGCGGCCCGGGCAGGGGCGCCGAGCAGCGGCCGCUCCAGCCGCCGGCCCCGGAUGUGCUGGCCAGACAGCGGCGCACCGCUCCCAGCGGCGAGCAGGCCACACCGCGCGCCGGCUGGCAGGAGCGGCUGGCGCCCCUGGCGCAGGAGGAGCGCAUGACGCCGCUGCAGACGCCAGACAAGUGUGGCCAGAGCCCGUCCGGCUCACUUCCCGCCGGGCGGUGGCCGAAGAAGUUCGAGGGCGACUUCGACGAGCUGCUGAACCUGGUCGGUGACUUCGGACGCUUUCAGUGGCGGCUGUUUUUGCUGCUGCAGCUCCCUUUCUUCUUCCUCGCCUUCAACUACUUCGGUCAGAUCUGGCUGACCCUGGAGCCGGACCACUGGUGCCGCGUGCCGGCGCUGGAGGCGCGCGGCUGGACGCAGCAGCAGAUCCGCAACCUCAGCUCACCGCUGGAGACGCGCAGCACCGGCGUCAAGCACUCCCAGUGCCGGAUGUACGACGUCGACUUCGGCACGGUCGACCCGGACUCGUGGGCGCCGGCCAACGACACGCCGACGGUGGCGUGUCGGCACGGCUGGGCCUACGACUUCUCGCUCAUCUACCCGACCAUCGUCUCCGACAACGACUGGGUGUGCGACCAGGCCUGGAAGCCCACGCUGGCCUACAGUGCCUUCUUCGCCGGCUCGAUGGUGGGCACGGUGGGCUUCAGCCACCUCUCGGACCGCGUCGGCCGGCUGCCCGUGCUCGUGCUCUCCAACAUCGUCUGCGGUGUGGCCGGGUUCGCCUGCGCGUUCGUCUCGUCGCUGCCGGUGUUCGCCUCGCUGCGCUUCGUCGCCGGCCUGGCCAACAACCAGAUGACGACGCAGGCGAUCGUGCUGAUGUCGGAGUUUGUCGGUCCGCGGCACCGCGCCAUGGUGGUGAACGUGCCGCUGGCCACCUCCCUGUGCGGCGGCAUGGUGAUCAUGCCGUGGAUCGCGCGCCUGCUCUACCACUGGACCUAUGUGGCGAUGGCGUUCUCGGCGCCGAUGCUGCUGACACUGCUCUACUACCUGCUCGGCGUGCCCGAGUCGUGCCGCUGGCUGCAGCACGUCGGACGCGUCGACGCCGCCGUGCGCGAGAUGCGCGCCAUCGCCAAGGAGAACGGCCGAGACGUGCCCGACGAGGUGUUCGAGAGCUUCACGGUGGCCGCCAAGCGGCACCACGACCUGGAGGAGUCGCAGCCGCGGCCGUCGCUGCUGGACGCACUGCGGCUGCCGCGGCUGCGCCUGCGCCUGCUCACCAUCACCGUGGCUACCAUGGCCACGCUGCUGGCGUUCGACCUGAUCGCGCGCAGCACCGAGCUCGACCUGGACGUCUACACGUCGCAGUCGCUGCUGGGGCUGACCGAGGCGCCGGCCGACCUCUUCACCUGGCUGCUGCUGGAGACGCUCGGCCGCCGCUGGAGCAUGUGCGGCUCCAUGGUGACUGCCUCCGGCCUGGCGCUGGGCCUAUCGUCGCUGCUGCGCGAGGGCGGCCGGCCGAUCGCCUCCACCACGGUGGCGUUCUUGUGCCGCUGCAGCGUCACCGUCGGCUUCAACGUGCUCUGGUCGCAGCACAUGGAGUUGGUGCCGACCGUGAUCCGCGGCCGCGCCUGCGGCGUCGCCAACGUGGCUGGCCACGCGUGCGUGAUGCUCAGUCCGGUGGUGCUGUCGCUGGCGCGCGUCGAUCGCGGCCUGCCGGCGCUCGUGCUGGCCGCCGUGGCGCUGCUGGGCGGCCUGGUGACCAGCACGCUGCCCGAGACGUCGCACCGGCCGCUGCCCGACACGCUGGAGCAGGGCGACGCGUUCGGCCACGAUCAGCGCUUCUUCCAGUGCUUCUGGUACAACCCGUGCGGCGGCAGUGCUGAGGAAAAGGCCGCGGAUCGGGAGAUGUACGGCUGUGACAACGCGGCGGCGGCUGUGGAAGAGUGAGGGACCCUCCUGGGACCCUACAGGGACCCUCCUGGGACCCUACAGGGACCCUCCUGCGACCCUCCUGGCAGGGACCGACUGACGCUGCGGCGGUCUGGAGAAACGGUGGCCGGGACCGUCGUGCCUGGAGGAAUUGGUCGCCGGCACGCCGCGGCACCGGCGCAGCCAGGCGAUUGUGACAUCCGUGAGAGCUUGGGCUGUACUCGACCAGGGGUUUUGACAGGAAUGUUUAUCAUGAGUGAAUGUUUUGUGUCAUUGCCGUGCGAGCCUCGAACAAAGUUUGUUCAUAAUCAUAACGUUCUUCCUACGACUUUUAGAUCGGUUUUCAUUUUGCAUAUAUGUAUAUGUAAGCAUUUAACAGGUUUUGUAUAAGACGGCGGCUGGGUCAACAUGAGGUGCUCCAUUCCAAAUAGUAAAAAUGCAAGUUGUUUGCUUAGCAUUUAUAUGUCUUCAUAUGUUUGAAUAUCUCAUCACCUAUCGGUUCGAUCCAUUGACAUGUCCUGCUGCUAUGUAUGGAAUGGUGUUCCCAUCGAUUACAUGUACGUCUACUACAUUUAAAAGUUCGUGAUCAGUUUGAGUUAUAUCCCGCUAGCAUCUGUCAGGAAGGUGACCUUUAAUGUCACGAUCAUUGCGCCCUUAUCCACAUGCAAAUCAUGCAUAAAUUUACGUACUUAGGAUACGCUGGGUCAUUUUCAAUUCACACCGUGUCACCUAUGAAUCAUGCUCUCCCGUCGUUAAACUGUAGUGUUUAAUACUACGGUAUGGCUGUAUAGUAAUAAAUAUUUGAUACUUGUUCGAAAUAAAGUUUUCGCAUCUGGCAAUAAAAGG